CAGCUUAUGCUUGUACUAGUUAUCUUCAUGGCAGUGGUUUUUGCUGUGGCCAACCCUGGAUCCUCUUGGCGAUAUUUCUGUAAUUGGAAUACAGGACAAUAUAAAUGCACAUAUGUGCUUUGCACACAUUCAUUUGAAGGAAAACAAAACUGCACGACGAGCGUUACAACUCCAAAAGGAAGGAAUACAGGGAAAUAUAAGUGCACUCACAUACGUUGCACACAUUUCUUCGAUGGUAACAAAAAUUGCACCACUAGUGUUACUACUCCAAGUGGUGGAGGAGUACCUAGAAGCAUGCCCAAUUAUAUAUUACCUGGGGAAUUUCCAAACGAAAUAAAAAAAAUGAAUCGUUGGCUAAUUAUAAACGCUUAUCCAAUAAACAAUGAUUUAGCAUUCAAUCUGAAAACAAAACAUACCUAAUAACAAAAGCAUGAAUUUAUGAAAUGGAUAAAGAAAUUUUUCCAUAGAUAUGAUCGGAAAAUUAGUAUGAACGGUGUAUGUCGUUAUGUAUAAAGCGUUCUCUUGAAUCAAUCUCUUAUUUAUUUUUUGUUGAUGAUGUUUUUAAAAUAUUUCUUAAAGUAGUAUUUAUAAAUCAAAUAAAAAAGUAUUAUACAAAACGCAAUAUUGGGCAUUUAAACUUAUUUAAAUCAUUCCGUUUAAGAAUUUUAGGUUUUAUUGUGAUCUUUGAAAUGUUUAUAUUAUGAUGACAGAAUGGGAUUUGCCAGUCGAAUUAGUUUAUUGCUCCGGGGGGCGGUGGGGGCUGUCCGGCAAACAAUAGCGAUAGGAA